AUGAUAAAUAAUAAUAAAAAUAAAAAUAAUAAUAAUAAUAAUAAUAAUAAUAAUAAUAAUAAUAAUAUUAAUAUUAAUAAUAAUAAAAAUAAUAGUAAAUUAAUACAGUUUAAAGAAGUUGAAAAUGGUGUAUCUAGACAAAUAACAUUUACGACAUUUGAUUGGAAGCAAUCACUACCAGCCUAUCCAAUACCACCAUUUGGUCUUAAGGUUCAUCCAUUAGCAAUCAUUGUUGGUUGGAUAAAAGCAAAUCCUAAACAUUUAAAUAAAUAUUUAAAAUUAUAUUUAGAUAAUGGAUUUGUAACAAUUUCAUUUUCACCAUCAUAUGUAUGCCACUUUUUUCCAAAGAAAAUGAAAGAGUUAGCAUUUAAUUUUUUAGAAUAUUUAUUAAAAGAAAAUGAAAAAAUACAGAGACCAAUUAUAUUUCAAGUUUUUUCAGGUAAUAUGGUAUUUCAAAGUGAAGUUUUUAAGUUAUUAAACGAAGAAAAUAAAUUUAAAAAACUUAUUCCAUUUAUUAAAGGUCAGGUUUUCGAUAGUUGCCCAUCAAAAAUUAGUGAAGAAUUAGCAUAUAUUUCAUUAAGCAAAACAAUGAAAAGAUCAAUUUCAAAAAAAGCAGUUAGAUUGGUAACCAAAAGCUAUGCAAAAUUAUUAGAUGUCGAAAAGAUUGAUAGAGACUUUUGGGAUCGUCUAAAGAAAUGUCCAAUAUCAACACCACAAUUGUAUAUAUAUAGUAUUAAUGACCCAGUUUCAUCUUAUUUUGACGUCGAAAGAGGAAUCAUUAUAAUGAAAAAACAAAGUAUUCCUGUAAAAACACUUUGUUUUGAUAAUUCAGUCCAUGUAAAUCAUCUAACUCAGCACCCAAUGAGAUAUAUGAAAAAUUUAUAUCAAUUUUGGGAAAAAACUUUAAAACAACAACAGCAAUCCAUUAUAGACCAAAAAUCAAAUUUUAAAUUUGGUGAUGUAAUAAAUAAAUUUGUUUCAAAAUUAUAA